AUGAAAUUCUCAACCACUCAACUUCUUGCCACUCUUGGUUUUGCGAGCUAUGUCGCAGCCGAUUUCCACGUCCUGACAGGACCAUGCUCCAUUGCCCCUGGAUGGGGUGGCAGUCUCGAGGACUACGCCGUUGCUUGCCCUUCCAACUACUAUAAUUGCAACUGCAUGCUCAACGGAGACCGUGCUGGCCAUGUCAUCUCUGGCCAAACCCCAAGAUACGGCAUUCACAAUACUGGAUCCAACUAUUUCGAGCUCAGCGGCAUGUGCGGUGUGGGAAACAUGAACUUUUAUCUCCAAGGCGAUGGCACUUGGUUGUUCUACAUUGCUGGUGGAGACGGUACCGUGCAAGGCCAAUGUUGGCCUGGUGAUAACAGCAUCAAGGACUGCAACGCCUUCAGUGCUGCUUGUAGCUUGAGCAACAUCUUGGUCUGCUAUUCAUACAUUUGCGAGCCAUGA